AUGCAAAUUUCUGAAUCUAACAUCCGUGGAAGGUAUAAGAAGAGUCGUUUCUCUACAAAACUUGACAUGCUUCCUGGAAACUCAGUCUACCCUGAUCAUCAAUACAAGGUGAGGACUUGGUUCUUACCUCUCCUCGUAGCAUUUUCGCCUUUCUAUGGUUUCUUAUCUCUGCUUAUUUCUAUAGACAUGUAAAGCUGGACAGUAAUGAUAUUGCUGAACACUAAAUGCAUUAAAGUUGUAAUAAGGAAAUUUAAAACUCAUGUUGUAGAAGUUUUGAAAUUCUCUCCAAUCUGAACUAUGUAGUUCUUAAGAUUACAUAUCACUUUUCAGCAAUUCUUAUUCACAGUGUCUGAUCUAUGUGCAGAUGACACUCACUCUUCAACUUCUUGUGCUCCUUGGCUUGAGCAGCGGACUGUGGAUGGGAGCAAAUGUAAGUAUUGUUUGAUUCUUGUGCUACACUGAGCCAUGCUGCAUGCUGUAGCAAAUGGGAAUUAUAACACUAUAUGUCAUAUGCCCAUUUACACACUUCAUUUUAAAAAAGAGCUUUAAUACGGCUAUUUUUUUCUUUCACAGGCUUGGUAUAAAGGUUGGUACUUAUUUUCAUAGAGUUUCAUCACAAGUAUGUGGUGAAUAUGGUCAUUUUUUAAUAUUUCUCUAUUUGUAAACAGGCUAUUGAGAGGAUUGAUGUCAAAUAUCAUGACUCUAGGUAAAAUUUAAUCAAAAUAAGGUACCUUUAUAAGCAGCUGUUUAAAAUUUCUAAUCCAGCUUUUCAUACUGCAGCAGAUGCUGGGUUGCCAAUGCUCUAACAAUAAAGUCUCGUAGGAGCUCAUUUCUACCAAUGUUUAGGUUUAGUACAGCUGCAAUCUUCAGUUGCCGUAUUACUUCCCUUCCAGUAAGGUAAAUCUGGUAGUAUGAAUAUAAAGUCCUUAAUCUGCACCCAUUGACAUAUUUUAUCAAUUCAACAAAAAUUUAAAGAAUUGUUUUUUUAUUUAGGUCUAAACCCAGUUGUUCCUUGCUGUGUAAAAAGUGAGAUUUGAGAAAGAUGAGGACUAAGGAAAGUAAAUCAUUUAACCACAAAACAGGUGCACACCUAGAGAGUUUGCAAGCUAUGUAUAGUUAUUGACCAAAGUGUAGGAUAACUUUUGAUCCUGUCAAGGAAGAUGUUUAGAAACUGCAAUUUCUAAUUUGAGGAUAACAUUUGAAUAUUGCCCAAAAUCUGUUGUAGAACCCUGCAAGACCUGCCCUGAGGGUUGGUUUAACUACAAGUCUCGCUGUUUCCUCUUCAACCAUGAACUGAAAGAGAGGCACGAUGCUGAGGUACUCCAUAAAUUAAGAACACAAAAUCGUAACACUGCUUUUAUUGUCAAGUUUUUGCUACAAGAGUCAAUUAUAGAGGCUGUGCUCUGCUGUUAUUUGUACAAUCUUGCUGUGUAUUUCAUUGCCACUCAUUUUUAUUUAUUUUUGUCCACAUUAGUCUUUUUGUUUAGGCAAGGAAGGAAAUCUUGCCUCAAUUGCUGACCAGGAUGAACUCAAUUUUGUGAAGCAGUUGGUGGUUCAGCUUACAGGCAAAAAUCAGGGAACCUGGCUUGGAGGCACUGAUGCAGUCAAGGUGAGUCUUUUUUUUAAAAAGAGAUGUAUAAUGCCAGACUACAAGACAUACAAAGGUACGCUUAACAAAGAUCAAAAGCAUGUUAGCCAAUCCAGCAAACUUUAAUUACUUGAAAAAGAGGCAAAUUGUUGAGGACAAGACCACAGUUAAUUAGAAGCCAAAAAGAUGCUAAUUGCGCUGUAAUUAAGCUAGCCAAUAGUUACAGAAAAAUUGGCACCCAAUAUAAGAUACAUGAAGGUAAAUUUCAAGGGAAAUGGAAAAAAAAAAAAAAAAAAAGGUAAAUGAAAUGAUUCAGGUGCUCAAGAAAGAAAAAUGAUUUGAAAUUUUGAUUUCCCUUUUAGCCAUGCUCCCUCUAACAAUUACAGUGUUUGUGAUGACUGAAAAGCAAUAAAGAAUAAAUUUGGUUAAAGUGAAAUAGAUGUAAUUUUUGUUACUUUGUGACAGUUCAUCUGCAUAUGACAAAAGCUUAUUAAAAUCCAAAUGGUCAAUUUAUAUGACAACCUGAAACCAGGAAGCGUCUGAUUUAAAAAAAAAAAAUCUCAGAUUCUGCCUUUUCUUGUUGUUUCAAAGCAUUAAACUGUACUUUUCUUAAUCAGACAUCUUUGAGUCACCUCUAAGUAUAUUAUUUUUUAAAUAACAGAUGCAUCAGUCAUUAACUGGACACUUUUUUCUUGUAGGAGUCUGUGUGGAGAUGGAGUGAUGGCUCAGCAUGGUCCUCUGAAUUCUGGGGUGACGGGGAGCCAAACAACCAUGGAGGGAAUGAGAAUUGCAUGCAUCUGAGAGAUGCAGGUAUAAAUCUACAACGUAUUUGCUUUGUGACUUUUUUUUCAGAAUUAAAUGUAUUGGAUACAGAAUUUCUUUAGGCAAGAUAUCACUUUUGGUUUACGGGUAGCUGAAUGGAAAUAGAACUGCACAGAGUUUAUUUGCUGAAAUCUUUCUUCUGUGUAUCAUUACAGAUGGGUUUCCUGUCAAUGACGUCCCAUGUGAUAUCAAGCAGUCUGUUCUUUGUAGCAGAGAAGUUGCUGAAAGGGAUUAAAUCAUGCAACAUCCUUUGUGAUCCUGAAGAAAUAUCCCUAAACUCUCUUUCUAACCCAUUGAUUACAUUAUCAUUGGUAAAAGCUGAAAUGUAAAUCAAUAAAAACACUUCUAUGCAGCAUUUAUUGUGGCAUUUGUGUUAACGGGUAUGUGUUUGUGUUAACUGGCACAAAGUACACCGCAUUUUUAUACUUAACAUUUUACCACCUAGCACCAAGGUUACAUUACUCCCUAUCUGGCAAACAUGUGCUUUUUUGUGUGUUCUUCUAAAUGGAAAACUUACAUAAAAGAGCUUCUCAGCUAACAGGAGAUUAGCAGUGAGGCUGAGGGCCAAAGAACAAAACCAAUUCAGCAGAGCAUGCUGAUACUAACUAAAGGUCCUUACACACCGGCGAAUUUGCGGAGCGAAGCGAAAUAGCGAGACGAAAAUUGCGAAUAUUCGCCGGUCCGAAAAAUCGCUUUCGCCUAUACACACCGGGCUCGAAGCGAAUAUGCGUAUAUUUUUUGCAAAGCGAAUUAAUAAAGUCGCUUUGCGGCACGGAGGAGAGGAGAUGCGGGGUGGUCCUGUACCGCAAUUACCAGCCUCUCUCCCAUCGUUGCUCUUGGUGCCAGUGGUGGUGUGUGUCGUGUGAACGGCUGCUGAUUGACAUGUCUAGCAUUGUGAGCGAGGGAGAAAGAGGAGGAAAAGCUGUGAGAGACGCCGCAGCAGCCAGGAGAGGCGAGGGCUGAGCAGUGAUCCUUCAAGUUGUCUGGUCAUUCUGUUGGCCCUUUAGCUGCAGAUCAUCGGUAUGUCAAACAGCUGAGAGGGAGAAUCAGGCAUGAUGAGGCGGUCACCCUGUGAAGUGUGCAUGACAUCUGUCUCCUAAGGAAGACAAGAGAGUGUCAUAUUGUGAGAAAACUACUUCAUUAGUAAUUCGAAAGAGUUUUGGAUGCACCUCAGCUGUCUUUGUCUGCGUUUUCAUAAUCACAAACUUCUCCCUCUCCUCCAGCCGUAUGGGUCUGUGACGUCAUCAACAACAUGACUUUUGAUUGGCCAGAGGUCUAGCAGGUCCAGAUAUUCGCCUGCGAAUAUCCGAAAAAUUCGACACAGGAGCGAAAAAAUAAAAGCGGCUUUUCGCCCUGCGGAAAAAUUGCCGCCGGUGUGGAAGCUUGCAUUGACUUUAUGCUGUUUUUAAAAAAGGCGAAUAAUUCGCCUGGCGAAUUCUCACCUGGUGUGUAAGGACCCUAAGACUUCUACCUUUGAGGAGGUUGAAGCAGGUAUAAGAAACUUAAAGCUGGGUAAAGCUGCAGGUCCUGAUGACAUAGUGACUGAACUGAUUAACCAUGACAUAAAAAGUAGCGUGAUUGGAUGGAUUGCAAAGUGAAAAAAGAGAGCAUAAGGGAAAGCAAGUGUCAAAGACAGAGUUAAGCAGAUCAAUCUGAGGGUCUGCAGGGUUUCUUUGUUAUGGUGAUUAUAAGCCCAUUGAAAAAAAAACAAACAACAAAUCAUCAGUCUGCUUUUAAACUAAAUAACUUCUCUGGAAACUUCUCUCUCAGUAUAGAUUGUCUCCAAACUAUGAUUACGUCUCAGAUGAGGAAUGUGUUGUUAAUCUUUUAAAGUUAGAAGUGAGGGAGGUACCAGUCUGGAUUAAAUUUUUAGGGCACUCUGCGGUACACUGCUGACUCACUCUAUUUUUGAGAUAUCAUUUGGUUGUUAACACACCCCUACCAUCUGAUUGUUUUCAUUGUGAAGUAAAUUCAGCAAGACCAGGCUUUCCUCAAAGUAUGGAAAGGUAAACUAUAAUAAUGAUUUUACCAUUAAAUAAAGAAUUGAAGCCUCCAAUGUAUUUUAAGGUAACAAUUUUUUCAUCUGUUAAACUUAACCUAUUUUUGUGUAUACAUGGUCCCAAUGUGGCCCAAUGUAGAGCACUGAAAGGGCGAUAUUUUGUUAAGGUAAUGAAACACAUAGAAUGGUUAAGUUUUCUGAAAAAUUGUACCAAUUGCCAUAUGAGGACAACCAGAAAUUAUUUAUGUAACAACAGAUUUGUGAAGGUUGGCUAAUGCCGGAAAAUCCAGAGUAAAGUUUCAUCAAUGUAUGGGAUACAAUCUGUUUUUAGGGGCUCCCAGAAGGAGAAACGUUUGUUCUAAAGAAUACAUGAUUAUUAACACAGUGUUUCUGAGAGAUUUCUCUUGCUUCUUAGGGUGCCAUCUUCUUUAAAUGUUAAACCAUAAUAGAUUUUAGGUUGCUGCAAAAUGAACUGAUAUAUUGGUCGCACCCCUUUUAACACACUGCUCUUUGUAUAUGACAAAAAAGUUUUAAAAAAUGUCUUCCUAAAGUUUGGAUCCAUGUUGCCCUUGUAGAACAUUGUUAGGAAAUAAUAGAAGGAAGAACAUGUCAUCCAAAUCAAAGAAAAAUUUCUGCGCACAACUUGGUCCUAACUGGGAUUGCUUUACAGAUCAACCUAAAAUAGGGAUCCAGCCAAGUUGAAGGAGAGCAAGCUUUGUGAUACUUAACACUCUGGCGAAAGGCUCAAUAGACUAAGUUUACUCUCUGAUCUCGCUCUGUAGUUUAGCCCUUGGAAAGCUUCAAACUUAUGCAUGUCCUGAAGAGCGGCACUCGUAAAAACAUAUGAUUUUGGACCAAAGAGUUACUGAUUUCUAUCAUAGUGAAUUACUUAGCAAAAAUCUUUCAGAAAGUCCAUUGUAGAUGGGAAAGUUAAAGGGAUAUUCCGCCGUAAAAUUAAUUUAGGGUCAAAAACACCCUAACACCGAUUUUGACACCCCCUCAAGAGAUGAAUAUUGCGGACUGCUUGCUUCUCUAAUUAUACCAACUUUAGUAAUGACUGCAGGAUAGCAAUACACAGCAGUCUGAGGAGCCAUAAACAAACCUCUACCAAAACACCACUCUGAAAGUUAUGCCUUUACAUAAAGUGUCAGCAUUCAUGCCUGCUUUGCUUUCAUUUCAACAUUUUGGGCUCUAUUUUCGUGUUCGCCAGAGACGUGCCGCAGGUGCGGCGUAAGUGGGUUUAACACAGCCGAGACCUGUAUUCACCAAUCACAUAAGCUCCUCUCCUUGCCUUUAAAUCCACCACCGGCGAGGUGUAUUACAAUUUUAGGGAAAUAGUCAAAGAGAUCAAGAGAUGUCUGAGGACAGCAAUGCCACACGAUGGCGACAGAGGGCAGCUCCUCAACAAGUGUCACUGUAAGUGCUGCAUUGAGCGUCCUCCACACUCUCUCAUAUGAGCACAGAUGGAUUUGGUGUGUGUAAUGUUGGAUCCACUGGUGAGACAAACAGCCUUUUCCACAAAUAAAGACACUCACAUAAAGUUGCAUAUAUUUAAACCUCACGUGACAAAGGUGGGUUGAGCGCACAGAUCACAACAUAAACUCCAAAAAUGGCAUUAAAAUCAGAACUAUCUGUGCGUAAUGAUGCAUCGCGCUCCGUGGCCUGGCUCUUUCUUUCAUAGAUGUUGGCAUAUAAAAUAAAUUUGGCUCACAAAACUGAUUAAUAUAAUAUCCGUAUGUAGGCUUAUAGUAAAUAACUCAUCUGAUCAAUGAAACAAAUCAUCUGUUCAGCAGCUACAGCAGGACGGAGAGAGGAUACGGAGACAUGUCCAGGUCGAGCUGCACGAGAAAUAAGAGGAAGAAAGAAAAGGAGGGAGACAAAUUAAAUAUCUUGUUAACUUCAUCAUGUGUCUUUAUUUACUAGAUAUUGAAUUUAAUUUAAUGCGGUUUCAGCUGUGUUGAUUCGGUCAGGUUGUGUGUCUAAACGUGUGCAAAACUCGCUCAUCAGAUCAGAUAUAGAUCAGAAUAUAUCGAUAUAGAUCUAAAUGUAUGUGCUGACUCAGAUUAUUAGUUGUUGGUGAUUAUUUAUUGCACUGAAAUGUGCCUGACUCUGUGGAAACCUGCCGGUGAGGCAUCAGUGACGUAUUCCGAUACGCCGCCAGUCUACCAAAAUGCCACUAGACCAGCUGCGCUCCACCUGCGCUGAAAGCUGACCAGGUUUGAAUCGGCGAGCUUUCAGCGCACUUUACAUGCCACUGGUUAGCAGGAAAAUAUCACUGAAAAUCAGCUAAACACACACGCAAAGGUGUCCUGGGCCUUUAAAUUGUAUGUUGGUCUGGAUCGGUAGGGCACACAAUCAUGGGGAAGGCUGCAGACUGUAACAAAAGGUGACUGGGUCUUAGGUCUGUAAAAAGAUCUUAAGCAUGGAAUUUAACCUCGGGACUGCCUACCUUUGAUCAAUAUGAAAGUACAAAAAUGUGAUGAAGGCAGAGCUUCACCGUAGUGCUUUUGCAGAUUUUUGCAAUUUGACAAGGACAUAACCCAUCUAUUUAUUUCAAACUAUGCUUUAUGUUUGAGACUUUCCAUGCCAAAUUCUUGGCCAGCUUGAUCCCCAUAAAAGAAGUUAUUUGAAAACUUCUUGAAGAAGACAUGUUUAAUUAGUUUUUUGUUUGGCCUAUGGGUUCAUCUAUUCAAUAGUUGCUGCAUAUUUUCAAUAUGCUGGAGUGGUUGCCCUUUCACAUCUUUAUCCCUGUCAGCAAGUUUUUGGGGCACCUCUAUGUGAAUGUUUCCAGAUAAGAUGUUUCCUCUAAGAGUUGACUAAUGUGUAGUUUGGGGUGCGGUGACAUUAAGCAUCAUUGUGUAAUCACUAAACCAUGACAAGGUAUUAUUAGUAAGUGUUGAGACUAAAGUGUAAAUAUAACAUAUUAAUGAAUAAUAACAGCUUUCCAAAAAAAAGUAAGAGAGUUGAUGAUAAAUGUCCUUGCCCUUAUUUAAUCACUUGCUAGACUACAUCCUUGUAAGAAAUUACCAGCAAAUAUUUCUUUAUUCUCAUCAAUAGAAUCAAUAUUUUACUUUGAUUACCUGGUAAUAUGCAAAUUUCUGAAUCUAACAUCCGUAGAAGGUAUAAGAAGAGUCGUUUCUCUACAAAACUUGACAUGCUUCCUGGAAACUCAGUCUACCCUGAUCAUUAAUACAAGGUGAGGACUUGGUUCUUACCUCUCCUCGUAGCAUUUUCGCCUUUCUAUGGUUUCUUAUCUCUGCUUAUUUCUAUAGACAUGUAAAGCUGGACAGUAAUGAUAUUGCUGAACACUAAAUGCAAUAAAGUUGUAAUAUGGAAAUUUAAAACUCAUGUUGUAGAAGUUUUGAAAUUCUCUCCAAUCUGAACUAUGUAGUUCUUAAGAUUACAUAUCACUUUUCAGCAAUUCUUAUUCACAGUGUCUGAUCUAUGUGCAGAUGACACUCACUCUUCAACUUCUUGUGCUCCUUGGCUUGAGCAGUGGACUGUGGAUGGGAGCAAAUGUAAGUAUUGUUUGAUUCUUGUGCUACACUCAGUCACGCUGCAUGCUGUAGCAAAUGGGAAUUAUAACACUAUAUGUCAUAUGCCCAUUUACACACUUCAUUUUAAAAAAGAGCUUUAAUACGGCUAUUUUUUUCUUUCACAGGCUUGGUAUAAAGGUUGGUACUUAUUUUCAUAGAGUUUCAUCACAAGUAUGUGGUGAACAUGGUCAUUUUUAAAUAUUUCUCUAUUUAUAAACAGGCUAUUGAGAGUAUUGAUGUCAAAUAUCAUGACUCUAGGUAAAAUUUAAUCAAAAUAAGGUACCUUCAUAAGCAGCUGUUUAAAAUUUCUAAUCCAGCUUUUCAUACUGCAGCAGAUGCUGGGUUGCCAAUGCUCUAACAAUAAAGUCUCGCAGGAGCUCAUUUCUACCAAUGUUUAGGUUUAGUACAGCUGCAAUCUUCAGUUGCCGUAUUACUUCCCUUCCAGUAAGGUAAAUCUGGUGAUGUAGUAUGAAUAUAAAGUCCUUAAUAUGCACCCAUUGACAUAUUUUAUCAAUUCAACAAAAAUUUACAGGAUUGUUUUGUUUUAUUUAGGUCUAAACCCAUUUGUUCUUUGCUGUGUAAAAAAGUGAGAUUUGAGAAAGAUGAGGACUAAGGAAAGUUAAUCAUUUAACCACAAAACAGGUGCACACCUAGAGAGUUUGCAAGCUAUGUAUAGUUAUUGACCAAAGUGUAGGAUAACUUUUGAUCCUGUAAAGGAAGAUGUGUAGAAACUGCAAUUUUUUAUUUGGGGUUAACAUUUGAAUAUUGCUCAAAAUCUGUUUUAGAACCCUGCAAGUCCUGCCCUGAGGGUUGGUUAACGCACAAGUCUCGCUGUUUCCUCUUCAACCAUGAACUGAAAGAGAGGCACGAUGCUGAGGUACUCCAUAAAUUAAGAACACAAAAUCGUAACACUGCUUUUAUUGUCAAGUUUUUGCUACAAGAGUCAUUUAUAGCGGCUGUGCUCUGCUGUUAUUUGUACAAUCUUGCUGUGUAUUUCACUGCCACUCAUUUUUAUUUAUUUUUGCCCACAUUAGUCUUUUUGUUUAGGCAAAGGAGGAAAUCUUGCCUCAAUUGCUGACCAGGAUGAACUCGAUUUUGUGAGGCAGUUGGUUGUUCAGCUUACAGGCAAAAAUCAGGGAACCUGGCUUGGAGGCACUGAUGCAGUCAAGGUUAGUCUUUUUUUUAAAAAGAGUUAUAUAAUGCCAACCUACAAGACAUACAUAGGUACGCUGAACAAAGAUCAAAAGCAUGUUAGCCAAUCCAGCAAACUUCAAUUACUUGCAAAAGAGGCAAAUUGUUGAGGACAAGACCACAGUUAAUUAGAAGCUAAAGAGAUGCUAAUUGCACUGUAAUUAAGCUAACCACUAGUUACAGAAAAAAUGGCACCCAAUCUAAGUUACAUGAAGGGAAAUAAAAUAAAAAAAAACGGAAAUGAACUUGAUAGACCAAAUUAAUACUAGAUACAGGUGCUCAAGAAAGAAAAAUGAUUUGUGCUUUUUACCACAGUGAGUAGUGGAAAUUUUGAUUUCCCUUUUAGCCAUGCUCCCUCUAACAAUUACAGUGUUUGUGAUGACUGAAAAGCAAUAAAGAUCAUUUAAGGUUGAAGAGAAAAGGAUUUAAUUUUUGUCACUGUGUGACAGUUCAUCCCCAUGACAAAAGCUUAGUAAUAUCCAAAUGAUCAGUUUAUAUGACAACUUGAAUCCAGAAAACAUCUGAUUUAAAAAAAUCUCAGUCAUUGACUGGACACUUUUUUCUUGUAGGAGUCUGUGUGGAGAUGGAGUGAUGGCUCAGCAUGGUCUUCUGAAUUCUGGGGUGACGGGGAGCCAAACAACCAUGGAGGGAAUGAGCAUUGCAUGCAUCUGAGAGAUGCAGGUAUAAAUCUACAACGUAUUUGCUUUGUGACUUUUUUUUCUGAAUUCAGUAUAUAGGAUACAGAAUUUCUUUAGGCAAGAUAUCACUUUUGGUUUACUGGUAGCUGAAUGGAAAAAGAAUUGCUCAGAGUUUAUUUGCUGAAAUCUUUCUUCUGUGUAUCAUUACAGAUGGGUUUCCUGUCAAUGACGUCCCAUGUGAUAUCAAGCAAUCUGUUCUUUGUAGCAGAGAAGUUGUUGAAACGGAUUAAAUCAUGCAACAUCCUUUGUGAUCCUGAAGAAAUAUCCCUAAACUCUCUUUCUAACCCAUUGAUUACAUUAUCAUUGGUAAAAGCUGAAAUGUAAAUCAAUAAAAAAACUUCUAUGCAGC